UACCUGCGCUACUGGAGAUACGUGCACUCAUUGGUAAUCGAUUAGCUAUCCCUAGGGCUGCUUAGUGACGUAAUAAGGAAGCGCCGGUAGUUGGCAGCGUGCGGGACUAUGGAGGCAUCGGAGAGGCAGUCUGUGAAACGCAAGGGAGGGAGAGAUGGCUUUGAGAGGCAGAGUGGAGGCGUUGGAGGUAAAAAAGCUAGCCGUGGAGGCGGUCAACCAGAUGGUGGGCAGAGAAAAUCCGCCAUGAAGGACGGAAAAGGGACAGGGAAAGCGAAGAAGCAUUGGAGACCGUACAAGCAAAGUGUGAUGGCAGGCAGUCAGAAGGAAGGAAAAGGGUUUUCUUUGUGGAGAAAACAAAAGAUCCAGCUGGAAUAUAAAAAACUACUAAGGAAACAAAAGAAGCCCAGUACUGUUAAUGAAGAUCUCUACAAAGACAAUUACCCUGAACACUUGAAGCACCUGUACCUAGCUGAAGAAGAAAUGCUGAAAAAGAAAGAAGAAAGUAGGAAACCAAGAGCUAAUGUAAACCCAGAAGUUUUGGAAGAAGAGCCUGUUGUUAUGCCAAAGAGAAAACAGAAGAAGAAGACCUCCAAUCAGAAAGCAAAAGAAGAGUAUGAAAAAGUACAACUUGAACGUGCAAGGAAAAGAGAGGAAGCAGAAAAAAGAAGAAAACAAAGGGAGGAAGCAAAAGAGCUUUACAAGAAAAAGAAAAUGGAAUCCUAUAAAGUACUCAGCACAAAAACCAAGAAAGGGCAGCCAAACUUUAAUGUGCAAAUGGAAUACCUUCUCCAGAAGAUACAAGAGAAUGCCUGAUAACUUUCAUAAUAUCUCUGCACAAUAACUGUGUGCUUGUUUUCUGUAUUUUGAAAAUAUAUGCUUUUUAUGUAUUUAAUAAAAAUUGUCUUAAAAUCUU